UCAAAAAAUUAUUAUUCAAAUAAACAUUUAUCUUACAAAUCAAAAUUCAGAAUAAUACCCAUGACACAACGGAAUUGUUUGUGUGUACAUGUGGAUCUUUUUUUAUGAUCUGAUUGUAUAAUGAUGGCAACAAGAGAGACAACAACUGGUGCCAACAGCAACAAUGGUCGUUUAAAUGAUAGUCAACAACAACAACAACAACAACAGCAACAACACAUCAACAGUACAAAUUCAAAAUUACCCAUCCAUCUUUCAUCACCAUUACAGCCGGUAUCAACUACAUCAUCAACGACAACGGCAAAGACGUCGAUGUCGACUUCACUCAAUACUACGUCAAGCAUUUCAAUCAAGACGAAUACGAACACAUCUAAUUUAAAACAAUCGUCAUCAUCAUCAUUAAUAUCGAAAGAUAAUACAGGAUCAACUAAAAUAACAACAAUGGCUGCGACGGUUACGACAGCACCAACUUCAACUACAUCAGAAUUCAAUAAAAUAUCUUCCGCUAUGACCACAACAGCAGCUACAACCGCAACGACAACAGCAACUAUUAACACCAAUGAUGAAACAACGAUUGAAUCGUUAAGAAAAGAAUUAGAACGAUUAAAAUUACGAUUAGAAGAAGAACGAAAUAAAUUGAAUGAUGUAUCAUUUUCUUCCGCUGCCAAUCGUUUAGAUCAAAUAUCUGUAAUGAAUAUUAAACCACGUAGACAUCUUAAAGGCCACAUAGGAAAAGUAUUAUCUUGUAAUUGGUCUAAUGAUAAUCGCCAUCUGGUCAGUAGUUCACAAGACGGUCGUGUUAUUGUUUGGGAUGCAUUCACGGGCACAAAGGAACAUACGAUUACGACACCAACUACCUGGGUCAUGUCAACAGCAUAUGCUCCUUCCGGAAAUUUCAUCGCUUGUGGUGGUCUCGAUAAUAAAGUUACGGUUUACCCUUUGACCUACAGUGAUGAUGAUAUUUCUUCAAAAAAGAGAUCUGUAGGUACACAUACAUCAUACAUGUCCUGCUGUUUAUUUCCUGGUUCCGAUCAGCAAAUAUUAACGGGUAGCGGUGAUAGUACGUGCUCGUUAUGGGAUGUAGAAUGUGCCACAUUGAUACAAAGUUUCCAUGGCCACUCUGGAGAUGUUAUGUCGAUAGAUUUAUCUCCUUCUGAAAUGAGCAAUACUUUCGUCUCUGCAGGCUGUGAUAGACAAGCUCUUAUAUGGGACCUACGUAGUGGCCAAUGUGUUCAAUCAUUCGAAGGGCAUGAUGCAGAUAUUAAUUGUGUGAAAUAUUUUCCAAGUGGUGAUGCUAUCAUAACCGGAUCUGAUGAUGCGACGUGUCGUCUGUUUGAUCUGCGAGCAGAUCGUGAAGUUGCCAUUUAUUCAAAAAAAAGCAUUAUUUUCGGUGUCAAUUCGGUCGAUUUUUCCAUUAGUGGUCGUUUACUAUUUGCUGGUUAUAAUGAUUAUACAAUCAACGUUUGGGACACUUUAAAAUGUCAUCGCCUAUGUGUUCUAUAUGGCCAUGAGAAUAGGGUAACUUGUGUUCGCGUUUCGACGGAUGGAACUGCGUUGGCCAGCUCUAGUUGGGAUUUUAGUCUUAAAAUUUGGACCUAAUAAUUGAUUCACAAUAAUAAUGAUUUGAUCUCCACUGUUGUUUUAUAUUUAUAAAUAUGUUAUAAAUAAUUGAAGAUGAUGUAUAUGAUGUUGAUAGUGAUGAUGAUGGUGAAACAUUGAGGUAAAUCAGCCUGAAUAACCCGAUCAUCACUACUAUCAAACAAUUGUGAUGUGAAUUCCAGAAUAAAAAUAUCAAAUUGUCUCUCCAUUA